AUGGCCAAGAAGCCUCUCGCUGUCCACAUGGUGUGGCUAAGCAUCCGCAUCGGAUGCGUGUCACCCGGGAUGAACAUGCACAUCUUCGGAGCGCGGAUGGGUCUGCCCGCUGUCGAUGAGCCGGUUCGAGCGCACCGUCACGCUCCAUAUGACCACAGGCACGCGGCGGUCACUCCAUUCGCGAUGGAGAAGCCCCGGGGCUGCCUAGACCCCGUCGAGACCCAACCUCCUCCAGUCAUCUCCCCAGUCACGUCAAGUCCGCGCCCACCUCGUGACCUCCGUCAAGAUGAGUCCACGGCCAGACCAGGGGUUCGUCGGUGGUUACCCAAGUUCUUGUUCUGGAUCGUGGUCUGGCUGCAGGUCGUCACUCGCGAGGCCAUCUUGGACGCGACCCUGAUUCACGCCCACGCACAACAGCAAGCGUCGUGA